AUGAUAUUAUUCGAAGAUGUAGUUGCAUCUUUUAUAAGCAACAUCAAUGACUAUGCAAUGUUGGUAGUCUCAUUCCUUGGAACCUUAGUUUUAUUUUUAAUUGGUCCAAUUCUUAAUUUAAUCAAUAUUAGAAGAAAUAAAAUUUUCCCAGACCCAAAAACUAUUGUUAUUACAGGUGCUUCAAGUGGUUUAGGUGUUGGUAUUGCACUUGAAUAUUCAAAAGAAGGUAAUAAUUUAUUAAUUACUGGAAGAAAUAAAGAAAGAUUGGAACAAGUUAAAACUGAAUGUGCUAAAAAAGGUGCCAAUGUUGAAAUUGCACUUAUUGAUAUUGCAGAUAGAGAAGCAAUGAAGAGCCUUCUUUUAAAAUAUGACAAGAAAUAUACUGUCGAUCUUGUUGUUGCUAAUGCUGCAGUCAGUGAAUUAAUGUUACCAGAGAAAUUAAAUUUUGUAGAUAGAACAUAUGAUUUAGUUGAUAUUAAUGUUUAUGGUAUGUUGAACACUGUUUUACCAUUAAUCGAUAAUAUGGAAGCAAGAGGUACCGGUCAAAUUGCAAUUACCUCAUCUUUAACAGAGAUGAUAAAUUUUGUAUUCCCAGCUUACACUGGUUCAAAAGGUUUUUGUACAUCAUAUGGUUUAACACUCAGAAAUAGAUUAGCAGAAUCAGGUGUAGGUGUUUCAGUAAUUGCACCAGGAUUUGUAUACUCUAGAAUGUCAGAUUCAUUAAAACAAGAAAGUUUACCAUUUUGUGUAACUCCAGAACAAGGUGCCAAGGUUAUUAGAGAUGGACUUGCCAGAAAUAAAGCAUACAUUGCUUUUUCAUUACCAACACUUCUUUACACCUAUUUCAAUUCCAUCAUCCCACCAAAUCUUAAAGAUGGCUGGAACUAUAUUUCAACAUUUUUCUUUUCAUCACCAGAUUUCAAUAGAGUCGAAAAGAAAAAACAAUAA